GGUAUGACUCUUUUCAACUUAUUCAAUGUUCAAUGCUUCCUAAACUCUUCUACAUCUUAUCUUACAUUUCACCUCAGAUAGCAUAGUCAAUGAUUUCAACUUUAUAACUAAUUAACUUUGCAGCAAUCCAUUUGAAUCAUUCACAGACAAUUUUGGACAAUGACGACUGAAGUUCAGUGCAACGGGCAUCUUGGUGCUUCACCGUUAAUAUCCAAUUCUUUGAACCACAAUGACAGUCACAGAAGCUGGGUAGUGCAAAAAUUUGGCGGCACAAGUGUAGGCAAGUUCGCUGUGAAUAUCGCGGAAGACAUUGUUCGUGCAAGCUUAAAACAUCAUAGAAUCGCAGUUGUCUGUUCCGCGAGGAGUACUGGGAAGAAGGUCGAGGGCACAACGAGUCGAUUAUUGGAAAUACACGGUGUCCUCCAAUCUGUCAAUUCUUUAAAAGACUCGGAAUCGGACCAGUACAAGAGCUUAGUUAGCAAAUACGAGAGACUGGUGGACGUUAUUCGUGACGAUCACAUUGCAGCAGCGAGGUCACAUAUACAAGAUGAGGCUAUAGCCUCGAGGCUCGCAAAGGACAUUGAAACGGAGUGUAAGGAGAUACAGGAAUAUCGAUUGGCUGUUGAACGAUGGCAUCUAGAAAUUGAUUCGAGAUCAAAGGAUCGUCUGGUCAGCUUUGGGGAAAAACUUAGCUGUAGAUUUGUGGCAGCUUUAUUACAAGACAGGGGAGUCGACGCUGAAUAUGUAGACCUCUCGGAUGCUAUUCAUUUCAAGACUCCAAAGGGGAUGAACUUGGAGUUUUACAGAGACGUGGCUGCGGCGAUAAAAGAGAAAAUUGACGCUUGUCAGGAUAGAGUGCCAAUUCUCACUGGAUAUUUUGGAACCGUUCCAGGUGGUUUGAUGGAUGGAGAAAUCGGAAGAGGAUAUACAGAUCUUUGCGCGGCAUUGGUGGCUGUGGGAGUUGCGGCAGAAGAAUUGCAGGUAUGGAAAGAAGUUGAUGGUAUAUUCACUGCAGACCCUUCGAAAGUGCCAACCGCCCGACUUUUGUCCACUAUAACACCAUCCGAAGCGGCAGAGUUAACAUUUUACGGCUCCGAGGUCAUCCAUCAUCUCACUAUGGACCAAGUAAUCCGAGCGACCCCACCGAUCAAGAUUCGGAUCAAGAACGUUAAAAACCCACAGGGAAACGGCACAAUCAUUCUUCCCGAUCCUAUAUUAGAACCUUCGCAGCACACCCAUGCAAGAAGCCCAAGUCCUGUAAGUUCGAAGAAAACGCCUAAGCGCCCUACGGCUGUUACUAUCAAGGAUAAGAUCUCCGUUAUCAACGUACAUUCGAAUAAGAGAUCGAUUUCGCACGGAUUCUUUGCCAAGGUAUUUUCCAUACUGGACAGCCGACAAAUUUCUGUAGAUCUUAUCUCUACCAGUGAGGUCCAUGUUUCCAUGGCUGUUCAUUCUGCGUACAUCUCUGCAGAAGACAUGCAGAGUACCAAAGCGGAGCUGCAAGAGUGCGGCGAAGUUAGCAUCCUCAAUGAAAUGGCGAUCCUCAGUCUGGUGGGAUCGGAAAUGAAAAAUAUGGUGGGAAUUGCUGGCAAGAUGUUUUCCACUCUUGGAGAAAAUAACGUCAAUAUCGAAAUGAUAUCUCAGGGGGCGAGUGAGAUCAACAUAUCUUGUGUCAUAGACGCUUACGAAGCCACACGCGCGAUGAACAUAUUGCAUACAAAUCUUUUCACAUUUUUAGAAUAGAUCAAAACCGGAAUUGGAAAAGGCAAGGGAGACGGCGUUCAAACUUUGAUGGAAUCGAGCAUGGUGCAUUGGCGGCAUUAAAAAUUUGGGGGAUGGUUUGAUGCACAUAUCCACAAUGUGUAUGUUUAUAUUUUCGCUGUAUAAAACUUGAAACCUAUUCAUACCCUACUGCACAUAUCCUCCAAAAUUUAGUUCGAAGCUCGCUUCCCCGAUCAGAACUUUUUCAACUCAAGCCUAGGACUAUCCUCUUCAUUCUGCAAGAAACUGAAGCCGGGUAUCUAAUAAGCCAUACUGUAACCUGAGACCUACAAUAAGAGUAUCCUGAGUGUAGGGAAGUGAGAGUGCCGUUGUGCUUUCUGACUAAAAGCUCAUGCGCUCUUUCCGGGGCUUUCUAGCCCCGUUUCAAGUGAAGCACACUGCAUGAUAUCGUGUCGAGACAUGGAAUUUCUUGCCA